GGGAGCGAUGUUCAGGUCAGAAGUCUCGCCUCUGGGGAAGGCAUGGGUACAGUGUACUAGAUAGUACACUGUAGCAUGGGGGAAGGUGAAACAAGCCAUCGACCCUACGCGUCUUUCCAAGUUCCCUAGUUUCCCUAGUCUCCGUACCUAGACUGCCUAGACCUCAGCUGGACCGCGUCUCGUGCUUUGACGCGCGCGUACGCCCCCCUUUCUACGCCACUGCGCGCCAACGGGAGCGGAAUUACGGCUGGGGCAGGCAGACUGAGGCAGCUUUAGUUUAUCUGUUUGUAACAACGAGCACCAUGACUGCAGACCUAUCCAAUGCUGUGCUGGCUUUUGGUGUUGACCUCUACAAACAGCUCACCAUUAACGCAGGCAAAAAUGCCAGGAAUGUCGUCGCCUCACCAUUCAGCAUCGCAACCUCCUUGUCUAUGACUUUAGCAGGAGCCAGGGGACAUACCGCAACUGAAAUCGAAAACUCCCUCCACACCAAAAAUUCUGAAGAUAUCCACAGCCACUUCUGCAACUUCCUCACACAGCUCUUGGGCUGUGCACCCGAAGUGACACUCCAAAUUGCAAACCGUCUCUACUGCGAGAAGGCAUUUAAUGUGCUUGAAGAGCACACUAGCGUGCUGAAGAAGUUCUAUGGUAGUGCUGUCAUACCCGCUAGCUUCAAGACAGAACCUGAAGAGGCAAGGCUCACCAUUAAUGCGUGGGUCGAGGAGGCCACAAAAUCAAAGAUCAAAAACGUCCUUCCAGGGAGCAUAAUUGACUCUGAUACGGUGCUUGUCCUAGUCAAUGCCAUUUACUCCAAAGGUACAUGGAAAAACCAGUUUGACAUCUUGGCCACAUCCCCAGGCAACUUUCACGUGUCCAAGGGCAAGGUCAAGACGGUGGACAUGAUGCACAAUGAGGCGCGGUAUCGAGUGUGCAAGUGUGAUGACCUCAAGGCAGGCGCCAUCGAGCUUCCAUACAAGGGUGGCAAGGCAUCCAUGUUGAUACUGCUUCCAGAUGAUGUGGAAGGGCUGGCAGACCUGGAGGUUUCAUUGACUGCAACGAAGCUGGAAGACGUCAUGGCUGCACUCCAAGGCCCUGCGAAGUCUGCCAACCUCAGCCUGCCACGGUUCAAGGUCGAGCAAGCCACAGACUUGAAGACAACCUUGCACUGCAUGGGAAUCAAGGACCUUUUCUCAGAUGGUGCAGACCUCUCUGGGAUAAAUGGAAACAAGGAGUUAGUGAUUUCAGCGGCCAUUCACAAGGCCUUUGUUGAGGUCAGUGAGGAAGGCACAGAAGCGGCAGCUGCGACCAUCAUGGCCGCAAGCAAUAGUUGUGCCAGGUUUGCGACAAACUUCACCGUGGAUCACCCAUUCAUGUUCCUGAUUAGGUGGCAUGACCCCAGUAUUAUUCUGUUCAUGGGAUCUGUGCGUGACAUUAUUACUUAAGCAUAUUAACAGCUACCUUAACAAAUUUAGCUUGUUGAAACUUUGUUAAUUUGUUCUUUUGUUCAGGAAGAUCGACUAACUUGGCUUUGCUAACAUUAACUGAUUAUAUCAGCCAUUCACGUGAUCUCAAUUACUUUGUUAGCUCAGUUUUCUUAGACGUUACUAAAGCUUUUAAUACAAUACACCAUAACAUUUCGUUUAUCAGUCUCCUGUCUAUCGGAAUAACUGCUCCAGCACGGAAUCUUAGAGACCUACCUGUUUAGUGGCAAACUAACACUGUCUGCAGGUGGGGCGUUUUCUGAAAGUAAAAUUAUUAACCAAGGAGAGCCCCAGGGCUCUAUUUUAGCUCCACUGUUAUUUUGCAUUUAUAUGAAUGAUUUACAUGACUGCCUCAAUUAUACACUACCUAUACUACAUUCAGAUGAUACAAUUGCUUCCCCCUUAGCUAAAUCAUUACUUUAAUUAAUUCUGAAGCUAAAUAAUGACCUGCCUAAGAUUGCUGAAUUGUAUAAUGCUAAUUUUCGAAUUAUAAAUACAAAAAAAUUCAAUUCAUGAUAUUCAGGUCAUCAAAGAAAUCAUUUCCUUGCUCUCCAGCAACAAUCCUCAGUAGCCUAUGAUUCCCCAUUUUCAUUUCUGUGUGCACCAGAGCACUCCAUGACUUGGCACUAAGCAGUGGAAGGAGCAUAACAAUGAGGGUACAGGUGGAAAUACUGGGGGGUCGGCCACCUCCUCCCCACAACCAUUAGAGCUCCCUGUCAUAGCCUACAGGAUCAUCUUUCAUUAUGGGAUACCUGCGUUAUAGAUUGUAUUUUCCACCUGAAGUAAGACCAAUGUUGAAGUUAAGUCGAAGUGGAUAUUAAGUUACUUUCCCUGAAAGCAGACAGCCCUACACAUUCACCGAGUGGUAGUGAGAAUUUUGUUCUAAGUAAAAGCUUAACAGGCCAUCUUUGUAGAAAACGAACAGAAACUUAUAGUAUAUACAUUGUACACAUCACAAACAUGAUUGUUUGUAAUGCGAGAUAUAGAUGGUACAGAGUAAAUAAUAAAAGUGUUGGUCAACAAACUGGCCAUGUCAUUUGCACACUUCAAGCCAUAUAAAUACUUAGCUUUUCGAUGAUGCCAUAACCUGUAAUGACCUUAUGAUGGCUCUUGUGUGAAUCAGUAUGUGUGUUUUUUGCAGCAGUUUCUUACCAAGUUUACAAAGGAAUAACUGGCAUUGGACUUGUUCAGCCACCAUGUGAAUCAUUGGGCACGGAAUCAUGGAGAGCGCACAUAUAGCAGCUUCUUUUAUUAUUUUUUGUGGUCCAGUUCGACUGCAUGAUAGCAUGGCAAAAAGGUUCUUUCAAGCAGUUAAGAAUUUUACAUUCAGAACUGACUCAUAUUAUUGCAUAACAUUCCACCUGCUUCUAGACGAGUGCAAGUCUUAUCACAUUUGCUGGCCAUGAUUCGUCAAGUCUAUUAGAAUAUGUGUGGGAAUUCACUAAUUAAACCGAAUCUAAUGUAUCGAGUCCUGGGACAUUUGUCUGACCUAUUUAAAACCCUUGGUUCAAUUACAAAAACGAGGUCUUAGAAUUACUAUGCGCUCCAAGUAAACAGACCUUAGAAGACCUCUAUUUCAGGCUUCCCACAUUUCAGCCAUAAAAUCAAUUUACAUGCUAUGUGUAGCUUGUACAAUUCAUCAUAUCCAGAAGGUUAUUACCCUCUAUCGAACAGUGUCUUUACAACACCCAAAAGGAAUACAAGGCUGUUAAAGCAAAUAAGUUUAACUUACCUAUAUGCCCAAAUACCGACGGUGAAAGACUACUUGAAUUUAGUGGCACUAUCAUGUGGAAUGAAAUUACCAAUAAUGCCAAGUAAGAGUGUUGUGCAAUCAUGCAGGCAUUAUUAGAACUAAAAAGAUAUUUCACAUGUUUGACAAAAAUGCAAAUUACCAUUUUCACUUAUUUGGUGUAUGUUUAAUACUUCAGAUCAAGUGACAAGCCUAAGCCAGUGUUAUUUUCAGGGGUUGUCUCCGUAUUUUUGCUUUCAUAUAUUGAUAUGUAAACCCCUCUUCUCGUUGAAUUUGUGUGCCUAUUUUGCUAUGGACCCUCUACUAGCCUUGUGGCUACGGGUCGAGACACUUGUAUGCUUUCCUUUUAUGUGCAAAUAAACAUAUAUUUAAAGAAAAGAAGAAAAAAAGAGACACAUGUAUGAGCAUUACUCAUGGUGCUUGUCCUGGUCUGUUCCAUGUGCCUACCUGAAAUUUAUUUGUGCUUAGUUUUCCAGUCAACAUGGCCUGCAGUUUAAAAAAUGUUUAAAGUCCACUGCCAUGGGUGCGAGCGGCAUUGCCUAACAUUCCCACGGCUAUAUUUCAUACAUGUACAGAAAUAAUGAAGAAAGUAGAAGACAGCUGCCCCAUUAGCUCAAUAGUACGGUAUUGCAUAUGUAAUGUGGAAGAUGUAGAUUUGUUUGUCACCUGUGGUGUGUCUUGUCUUUUUGUGCACCUUCUAUUUCCCUUUUUUUUUUCUUGUUUCUACAGCUCGAUUAAAGAGAACAGUUAAUUUCCCGUA